CCCUGCAGGCUAUGGUAGAGGAGCUUUCUAGAUUGCCACUUGCGUAAAGUUUAAGAAAUCUAAUUUGUAGACGUGUCAAGUGUCAUUAUUCAUUAUAAUAUUUUUAAUCAGAAUUUUACAAGUCACACCAGUCUAAUAGGCUGGUUAUCUUACUGUACCAACGAGAAAGUUGAUACCGAACUUGACCCACUGAAUCAAAAUUACAGUGUAACACUCCUUGAAUCACGUCAUUUUUCUUCUUUUUAUAAGCACUCCGUCUAUCUUGCAUUUUACCGUAUACUCGGUUUUUAUUUAUAGUGUACCUUUUAUCAUCUCUUACUUUCACUAAUGCAAUUUUUUUUCUCUAUGCACUAUAACUAGUGCGUGUUGGCACCUUUUACGGUCGUAAUUUCGCAUCAUCUUUUAUCGAGAUCAGACAACAUCUCGUUAACUCUCCACCGCGCUCGCCUCCUCCACCACCACCACAGCAUAGUUAUUGAAGUUUGAUUACGGGUUUCAUUAUGAUCACCUCUUACUAUGAUCCGACUUUCACAGGAUUUUGAAAUCUAACCUAUUUUCACAUUCUACCGGUUUAUGUGAUCCACUCACCAGUAAUUCAUGAGUAAAAUUCUCGGUUUUUAGGAUCCGGCUUCAGCAAUACUUCAUGAGCUUAAUUUCAAAGUUUUGAUUACGGUUCAUGAAGUAUUGCUACAAAACGUGCCAUCCACCAUCGUGAUAAUCCAAAUGGAACUUAAUUUCUACAAUCCGUCUCUUCCUCUGUCUUGCUCGUCUUAUAGAGAUCUAAGAGUUCUAUUAGACUGAAAUCCCGUCUUGACAAGGUUUUGCGGGUGACAAAAAGUAUCAAAUUAUCACCGUUUUCGAUAUGUUUUACGGUUUGUACUUUGUACCGUAAUCGAAAUUAGACGCGAAAUUACCGGCGGCUACUUGAUCCCGUCGAUCCCCUGUCCCCGAUUUCAAAUCCAAACUCCGCCGCCAGCAUCCAUUUCCCCGUUCGCAGUUCCCUCCCCUCCCCUUCCUCCUCGCGGCCGCCGCCAACACUUCCCAGCUACCGCGCGCACGCCGCCAUCCCAUGCGCCGCCGUCCCUCGGCGGCAUGAGCAGCGCUGCAGCCCGCCACUGCCGCAAGCGCCGCCGCGACGAUGCUCACGGGGGCGCCUCCCCGACUCGCCGCCGCCGCCUCCUCGCUCCCACCCCGUUCCCCGCCGUCCGGUGCUUCGGCCUUCGCAUCGCGCUCGCCAGCGCGCCUCACCUUCCCUGCAAGCAUUGCCACGACGAGAGCACAUCUCCGGCUCGCCUCUGCCGUUGCCGCAGCAACCGCCUCCCCAGCACCAGCCCGUUCCCUGCCGUCCGACCGUUUAACCUCCGCAUCGCGCUAGCCUCCUCCCCGCGCCGCCGCCGCAAGCUCCGCUUCGACGACGCCCGCCACCACAUCUCCACUACCCGCCGCAGCCGCAGACCUUUUUCCAGGGUUAGGCGCUUCCCUGGCCUUCGCCCCUUCGCCCUCCGGUUCCUCCUCGCGACCGACGAACCAGCCCCCUGGAGUCGCCGGAAUCCCGCUUCAGUAAACAUGGGUAACCUCAUCUCACAGCUGCUGCGGAAGACGACCAGCGACGGUGGCUUGGAUGUGCACAGGGAGCGGCUCGAGGGGUCGCCGGAAGUAGUGGAUCUCACGUUGGAGCCGGACCUUGAACCGGAGAAGGUCGAUGUCGUGAGGAGGGGAAUUGGCGAUUGGAGCGUCUCCGCACUGGAGUCUCCAACGCCGCCGGAGAAGAGGGCGCCGUUCCACAAUGAGGCACUCGAGUGGACGAGAUUGCGUGAGUCAGGAUUCGAGGAUCUGUCCGAACUAUUUACACCUCUAACCGACAAAGAUGAAAGAGAAGUUAACAAUCUUCUAUAUGAUAGUGGUCAUAGUAAUGAAAUCAUAGUGAUGCAUGAGCCUUCUAACAUUGCGAUUACUAAAGAAAAACUUGAAUGCUUGAGACCUCGUGGUUGGUUAAAUGAUGAGGUCAUCAAUUUAUAUAUCGAAUUGUUGAAGGAGAGGGCAGAAAGGGAGCCCCAAAGGUUUUUGAAAUGCCAUUUCUUCAAUACAUUCUUUUACAAGAAGCUUACUUGUGGAAUAGCUGGUUAUGACUAUCAGUCUGUCAGAAGAUGGACAACAUUCAAAAAGUUGGGAUAUGGACUUACUGAGUGUGAGAAAAUCUUUAUUCCAGUACAUAGAGAUAUACAUUGGUGCCUGGCAGUUAUAAACAUGAAGGAUAAAACUUUCCAAUAUCUUGAUUCUCUUGGAGGUUCGGGCCAUGAUGUACUGAGAGUACUUACUAGAUAUAUCAUGGACGAAUUGAAGGACAAGAGUAUAGAGAUAGACACUAGUUCUUGGGUGGUAGAAGUAUCAGACCGUCUUCCUUUGCAGCAUAAUGGGUGGGAUUGUGGUAUGUUUAUGCUUAAAUACAUCGAUUUCCAUAGCAGAGGUCUCGAACCAUCUUUCAGUCAGGAACACAUAAUGUAUUUUAGGAAACGAACAGCAAAAGAGAUUUUGAGAUUAAGAGCUGACUGAAGAAUGGCCAUUGUAUGGCUAAUAUUCUUUGACAUCCUGUCAAGUCAGGCAUGUAUUAUCUAGGACCUGAUUUUGCUAGAGUAGGGAGAAGGGAAAAGAUAAGUUGGUUAAGAUGAUAAUGCUUGGCUAGAGAAAAUGUAUGAGUUCAGAAGUAGUUUGACUCAGUACUCUCACCCUUGUAAGUUGUAACUGAGGUAGUACAAGUAACUGACACAUAGUUCGUUUUGUUCCCUUUGACAUAAACAUAACAUAUGCUGUUGGAACUAGAGCCAGCGAUUGCAUGA